GCCCCAGUAGCUCCAUAAGGGCCACUCCUAGGGCUUCCGUUUCUGGCUCCACCCCCAUCCGUUUCCCGUAGAAGAAUUUUUGUCCCCAACGCCGAGCCGUUGCCCCGCCCUCGCCGCUGCCAUGGCGGCAGCUCUGCCGCUCUCCAAGGCUGAGUAUCUGAAGCGUUACUUGUCUGGAGCAAAUGCUGGCCCGGAAGGAGGUCCAGAGUCGGUUCGGAAGCGGCGCAGAAAACGGCCGAAGCCAGGAGGCGCCGGUGGCAAGGGAAUGCGGAUUGUUGAUGAUGAUGUGGGCUGGGCAGCUAUUUCUACCACUAAGCCGGAAAAGGAAGAGGAAGAAGAUGGAGAUUUGCCUGUGGUGGCUGAGUUUGUGGAUGAACGUCCAGAAGAGGUAAAGCAGAUGGAGGCCUUUCGCUCCAGUGCCAAAUGGAGGCUUCUGGGAGACCACAGUGAAGAUGGACAUUUCCAUCAUGAUGACCAAGAUCCAUCUCCUCCUAGGAGAGUUCAUCGUGACACUCCAGAUCCAUCUUCUCCUAGGAGGGCCCAUCAUGACACCCCAGAUCCAUCUCCCAGGAGGACCUGUCAUGACACCCCGGAUCCAUCUCCUAGGAGAGCCCAUCAUGAUACCCCAGAUCCAUCUCCUCCCAGGAGGGCCCAUCAUGAUACACCAGAUCCAUCUCCCAGGAGGGCCCGUAAUGAUACACCAGAUCCAUCUCCCAGGAGGGCCCGUAAUGAUACACCAGAUCCAUCUCCCAGGAGGGCCCGUAAUGAUACCCCAGAUCCAUCUCCCAGGAAGGCCCGUCAUGAUACACCAGAUCCAUCUCCUUCCAGGAGGGCCCGUCAUGAUACCCCAGAUCCAUCUCCCAGGAAGGCCCGUCAUGAUACACCAGAUCCAUCUCCUCCCAGGAGGGCCCGUAAUGAUACACCAGAUCCAUCUCCUCCCAGGAGGGCCCGUCAUGAUACCCCAGAUCCAUCUCCCCCAAGGAGAUCCCGUCAUGACUCAGACACAUCUCCUCCCAGAAGGGUCCACCAUGACUCAGCUACUUCUCCUCCCAGGAAGUCUCAUCGUAAUUCUUCAAGUGUAUCUCCUAGGAGAGGUCAUCAUGGUUCCUCAGAUAUCUCUUCCCCAAGAAGGGCCCAUAACCACUCUCCUGACACACCCCAACAUAGGAGGACUGUUGAUCCUUCAGACCCACAGCAUCUCAGGAGGCCCCGUCAUGACUCCCCUGAUUUGGAACUGCCCAGAACCAAAAGCAGUAAAGCUGCAGAAAGAUCCUGUAAUAAGACUGUACACCAGAGGGGCCAAGAACCCUCUCACCCGUCAGUCUCCAAGAACAGCAAGUACGGGCGUGACUCUGACCUUUCUCCACGGAAAUGGCAAGCAAAAGCUCAUGUUGGAGCUAAGAAGCAGCUGGAUCCUAAAGGUGUCUGCCAAAAAUCCUCUGAUUCAGAUCUCUCUCCUCCACGGCAAAAACAAAAUUCAGGACACCAGGACUCUGAUUCAGAUCUGUCACCACCACGGAAUAGACAGAGACACCGGAGCGCUGACUCUGACCUCUCUCCGCCCCGGAGAAGACAAAGGACCAAAUCUUCUGAUUCUGAUCUCUCUCCUCCUCGAAGGAGUCCCCGUCCCGGGAAGAAGGCUGCACACAUGUAUUCCGGAGCAAAAACUGGGUUGGUAACUGAUGUUCAGCGGGAGCAUCAAGAACUCAAAAAACAGGACCAAGACACCACGACCCUUGGAGCCCAGUUUGAAUUCGCUGAAACUGUAUUCCGAGACAAGUCUGGUCGUAAGAGGAAUUUGAAGCUGGAGCGCCUGGAGCAGAGGAGAAAAGCGGAGAAGGAUUCAGAGAGAGAUGAGCUAUAUGCCCAGUGGGGGAAAGGGCUUGCCCAGAGCCGGCAACAGCAGCAGAAUGUAGAGGAUGCAAUGAAGGAGAUGCAGAAGCCUCUGGCCCGCUAUAUUGAUGAUGAAGAUCUGGAUCGGAUGUUGAGAGAACAAGAAAGAGAGGGGGACCCAAUGGCCAACUUCAUUAAGAAGAACAAGGCUAAGGAGAAUAAGCAAAAGAAAGUGAGACCUCGAUACAGUGGUCCUGCACCUCCUCCCAAUAGAUUCAAUAUCUGGCCUGGAUACCGCUGGGAUGGAGUGGACAGAUCCAAUGGCUUUGAACAGAAGCGUUUUGCCAGGCUCGCCAGCAAGAAAGCUGUGGAGGAGCUUGCUUACAAGUGGAGUGUUGAGGACAUGUAACUUCUCCAAGGCUCUGUGGUGGUGGUAGCACAGACAGCCUGACUUCCAGCUCUAAUGGGUUGUCUUGCUAAUAGACAGACCAGCAACUCACCGUCAGUUCUGACCUUUGGACUAGCCACCUAACCUUAGCUGUGUCCAUGUUGUCUGUGGCUGGCUUUGGCAGGACACAGUGACUUCUUUAUCCCAGGGUUUGUUCUUAGCCAGCGCUUUCCCUUUUAUUUUUAAAAAUAAACAUAUAUUUAUUUUUUUGUAAUCACUUUCUAACUGGGUAUUCUGCGUGGGAAAGAAUUCCAGCAAAUAUUGAACUCUUGGGGUCUUGGGAGUAUUAGUGAUUGGUGUUUUCAUUAAUUUAGCAAGCUGUGCAAAUCAGAAUUGAGCGUUAACUCGGGUUCAGGAAUGCUGGAACAUGGUGUGUGAUAAGGUAGUGAAGGUUACAUGUUAGUGGGAAAGGUGGCUACUGAGGCUCAGAAACCGCUUUUUAAAUGCACAACAAUGAAGUGGGAUCCAUGUCACUCAGUCAUAAAGGAUGAAGUGUAGUGCGGUGAAGCUACAUCAUGGCUCAUAUGGGGGCCCUGGUUUUGUGACCCCAACAAGUAAUAAAAUCUGGUAGGAGUAAGUGAUGGGUUGUACUCCAAUGUGAAGACAGAGCUCAACCCACAGCUGUGAUUGCUUUGCCUGCUACAUAAUGCAGGGUUCUCCUUGCAGCAAAGCUGGCCAUGUCAGAGUUAAAGAUGCCUUCAGAGCCUAUAACAGUGAUGAGGGACUGUAUAUGUGGAGGAUCGACUGGAUGACAGAACUCUACAAAUCAGGAAGGAAAAGACAACUGUGAAAACAGGAGAAAUAGAUAAUAUAGAUAGCCAGUAAGUGUAUCCCCUCACUCCCAGUUAACUAAAUGCACAUUACACCAUUUUGUACUCUGCAGAUAUUAGUGUGGCCAAAACAGCUCUCGUGGCGAACAGAAACUCAAUGUCAGCUGGUGUCGCCUGAGGGCUGCAGAUGGACAGCACGUACAGAAGGAAGACUGGAAGCAGAGCUGUGUGGUCUUGGAAGGGUGGGUGGGCAGUGGUGCUGUGCUGCUGGAAGCUGACUCUGGGGGGUCCUUUGCUAGCAGUGUGACCUGUGAGCUGCUUAACUGCUCUGUACCUUCUGUGAAAUAGAAAAGUACCUACCUCAUGGGUUUCUGUGAGUUUAAAACUGCCAGCCAUACAGUGAAUGUCACAAAAUUCUUAGCUGUUAGUAUCAUUGUCUUCAUUAGCAUCAAGUGUGGUAGCCAGCUUCCAGGGUGGCUCUUUUGGUCCCUGCUCUCUGGUAUCCAAGCCCUUGGGUAGUGCCCUCCCAGAGUAAAUAGGGCUAGCUUGUUUCACCAAUAGGAUGUGUCAGAGCCAUGUGACUUCUGAAAGUUCAUGAAAGACAUGGAUGCACUGCCCUCUUGGAUGGCUUGGCGUGGAAAAAGAUGAUCUCUCUGUGGAUACUCCAGCAGCCCUCCAGGGGGCCAUGUGAAGACAGAGGCCUUCCCCAGGCCAGCAGCAACUGGAAGCCGCCUGAGCAGGCCUUAGGGGCAGCCCUCAUCUGUAACUUGACUGAAGCCUGCAAGAGCAGAGCCACUAGCUCUAGCUCUGGGACUGAAGCUGUGAUAAUAGAUAUUUAGUGUUUUCUUAAAAACAAAACAAAAAACCCUGUAGCAUCGUGUGUUUCAACACAUCAUGGAGCUGUGCAGCCAUCAGCUGUGCAGUACUUGUUAUCUUGUGUAUACUGGAAGUUUGUGUCCAUUCCUGGUCACUCUUCACUUCCCCGACUACCUCUGCCAUGGACAACUCCUGGCUUACAUCUCACCUCCGGGGAUUUGCUACUUUGACAUUGAUGUAAUUUGAGUGCAACUGUUAUCUAACAUGGGGCUUUUUGUGUCUGGAUUCUUUCAUGUCACAUGUUUCUAAGCUCUGUCUGUGUUGUGACAUCCAUUUUUUUCUUUUUGUCUGAAUAUUUCUUUUCUUUCUUUCUUUUUUUUUUUUUUUUUUU